AUGAAAGCCGUUCAGAUCCUCGGAGACAUAUCUUCUCCAAAACUCACCACCAACUUCUCUAUGGAGAAACCCGAACCUAUCAAGUCCGAUAUUCUGGUUCGUGUUCAUGCCGCUGGAGUCACUGGCGAUGAAAUUAUGUGGCCAGAAACAUAUCGACGUCCAUCCCGCAUUCCAGGCCAUGACAUAUCCGGAGUCAUCACCGCAUUUGGCCCUGACUACUCUGGACCUCUGAAAAUAGGCCAAGAAGUUUUUGCGUUUCUAUCGGCGCACACGGGCGAGGGACAAGCUGAUUAUGUCCUUUGCUCUCCUGACGAGGUCGCCCCAAAGCCAACAGCGCUUUCACAUGCUGAAGCAUCUGCGUUGCCGAUUCCGGUUCUGACAGCAUGGGAAGUUCUCGAUUAUGCUGACAUUGACGCUGGAACGAGAGUUCUUGUGACUGGCGCGUCGGGUGCAGUUGGUCAGCAGUUUGUGCAGCUUGUCAAACAUUUGACAGGUGCUCAUGUGAUUGCACUAGCAUCUGCGACAAACAAGCAGCUACUGGGCGACGUACCUGACGAGAUUAUUGACUACAAAACUCCAAACUGGGAGAAGUCUGUACAGGACGUAGAUGUUGUAUUUGACACGGUGGGCGGAGAGGUUCUGGCAAAGACGUGGGAAACUGUCAAGUCCGAUGGCAUGAUCAUUACAAUCGGUGAUCCUGCGCCGUCGUGGGCUUUUGGAGGUGAUGAACCUUCAGAGUCCUUGUCCCUACCAGGUGUCAGGUAUAAGUAUUUCAUCGUAUCGCCGAACGGAGAGCGCUUGGGAAAGAUGGCUGGGCUGUUUGACGAGGGAGUGAUCAAGCCACUGGCGGUCAAGACGUUUCCGUUUGAUCAAGCGGUUGAAGCUUGGGAGCAUGCAAGGCAGCGAGGAAAGGGUUACAAGGUCGUGAUUGAGUUAUAA